AUGCUUCACUGCGUGCAGGAAUAUGGCAUUGACUUUUCCACAACAGUGGGUGCAUCCAUGGUUCCUGUCUUUAACGCUUCGGGAGACGUCUUGCUCUUUGAGCGCAUGACGCAGCGGUUGAAGGGCUGGUCCCGUGGAGAGGUGGUUGUGGCAACCUCGCCCAAGGAUCCAGAUGCUCGAAUAUGCAAACGCAUUUUGGGCCUUCCUGGUGAUAGGGUGAAAGUUCUUGCCGCAGGAGACGAAAAAGAGGUGCUGAUACCUCGUGGCCAUGUUUGGCUGGAAGGUGACAACAAGGCAGCGUCGCACGACUCCCGACAUUAUGGCCCAGUUCCUGUCGGCUUACUGCAGGGGAAGGUCAGACUGAAACUGUGGCCUCCAUGGGAGAUUGGUCCAGUGCGCGUGGUUCCUCCGUGA